AUGACUAUCGGGGAUUUCUCCGACUUUGACAAGGCUGAAUAUACACAUCGUAUAUCCUACUACGAGACAGACCGACUCCGUAAGCAGGAGAUCGUCAAAACCCGUCAGAUUACAGCUGGGAUAAUCAGUUCCCACAUCGGGGGCUGGGGCGCCGUCGCAUCCUCUGGAGGCACCCUCGUGCUCAGUGCGAUCGCAAUCCGUCGUGUUCACGUAGCAGAGUCGAAGCUGAAACUCAUCCGUGCAGAGCUUAAGAAACGAGAUAUCUUGAUUCCCUUGAGAGCAUGCGCUGCGGGAAUGGGCGUUGGACUGUUUCCAAGUGACUCUAUCGCACAUGCGUUCUGUAUGAAUCCUGGUGAUUCCAUCGGCGGCGUAGCGCAUGGGGCUACACAACAACUCCACGAGAUGGGCCACGCCAUAAUGAGCCUGGAUAACGGGAGUUCAGCAGCUCAAAAUCUUGCGAGGGUCGCCAUAUCGGUUCCUCAGACGUCUGUUGAAGAGGCUGUCGGAUUUCAUACUGGUAUGGUUGCAAUGCAGGCUACCGAGAGGGGUCUUGCUAGCGUGGCGUCUAGCAGCCUGGCAACGCAGGGCAUGAAAGCCAUGACUGGUGAUGCUGAUCAGAUGGGUUCCGCGCAGAGCGCUCGGUACUAUUAA